UGGCAAUUUUUAUAGGUGUUUAAAACCUUUUUUGCUUUCCUGACAACAUGUUUAUGUAUUAGUUAAAUUUUUGUAUUGUAAUACUAAAGUUUACUCUUUUCCAUUCAAAACUGCUGUUGUCGAAAUAAAAAUCAAAAUCAUCAAAUCAAUCUAUGUAAGUCGAUGCGUUCUAGUCAAUCGUGACAAAAAAAGCCAAAACAAUAAUUUUGCUGAUCUUUUAACUACCGGUACCUUACCACGAUAUAGUAUUUCACAAUAUAUUUAUUUUUAUUAUCAGCUUUUGGUAUUGAUUGUGCUGAUGUGAUUACGUUGGAUGAUGAUGAAUUCAUUAGUUCUGACAUUUGUAAUUGUACCUGAACUUCUAUAAAAUUACGUCGGUGAGUUGAUACAUCUUUACUUCCUAAUAGAAGCCAAUGGUUUGAUUUCAAAACGUGUAUGACAUCGUAAUGAUUUUAUAAUAUUCAUUUUUUUUCCAAUAGAUGAAAAUAAAAAUGAGCUGCAGACAUUCAUUCAUCAGUAUAAAUUCAUUGACUUAAAAUAACAUAAUAUAUCUGCACGUGUAAUUUGCCGAUAGGUGAAAAUAACUUUUUACAUUAAAUAAUUUUUGCUAUACUUCAAAUUCAAAAUGUGCCUUGGCUUUCCUCAGAAUAUGGAGUAGAAACUAUUACGCUCAAUGUGAUCUUUUUAAAUUUAUCAGAGUAUUCGAUGAGAAAUUCUGCAUUUUCAUGCAGACAACCUUCGAAACUUUUAUGUAUUAUGAAGAAGAAGCUCAAAAAUGCUCCAUGGUGAAACAUGUCACUUCUAUUGCGUGUUUGUAUAAAUACAGAUGGAGAGAAUAAAUACAAAAAAUCAACACUUUUAAAAUGGAAAAAAAGAAUAAAAUUUUAUAUCUAUAUAUAUAUUUUUUUUUAAAAAAAAUUAUCGUUUAUAAUAAUUAAAAGAGGUUAUUGCCCGCGGAUCUAUAGAUGAAGGCGAGAGGUACUUUUUUGUACAAUCUUGCACUGUUCUCAAAUUUUGACAAAUUGUCUGGAAUUGAAUCGCCUCAAGACUUAUGAUAGCAUAAUCUCUUUUUCACUUAGCAUGUCGUGUAGAUUAGUAUACUUGAUAUGAGGUUAAAUAAGACCUGUGUAGCAGCGUGUGUAGGUGUGGUAAUGUCUUUCGUAGAAGUAUUGAAUGUUUUCAGCUAAAUUUAAAAGAAUCAUAAUUCAAUCACGAUAUAUUCAAAUUUGCACUUUUAGGAUACGUUCAAUUUUAGUAAGUUAGUUAAGAAGUAGUAGUUUGCCAGCAAAAGUAGCUUGCCUUAUCUGACAGCUUGCACUAGGUCGUGGAUUUCUGAAAGGAAACCUUGCUACCGAGCUUAGAACGGCUUAUAAUGUACGUUCUGUCGUUUAUUCAAAUGACUCAUACGUUGAUAUGAGUCAUUUGAAUAAAUAUCGCAAAUUUGCAUUGCAGUUUCUAAUUGAACAGCGUUUUGUCUCUUGUGCAAAGAUUUUGUGAUUUGAGUUUGGAGAAUUUUCUACUACGCAAGGUUAAAUGUUUUUCAAAGUUCUUUGAGUUACAAAAAAUUACUGAUGAACCGACGUUUUACCUCGUGCUUCCUUCAUAACUCCAUGAUCGUAUAUGACCGGAACCUGAAUAGAUUUCAACUGAGAUAUUCAUACUUUUUGUUCUCGCUCAAUGUUCAUCACUGCAGUUCACAAGUGUAGAGACCAGUAUUUUUAUUACUUCAAUAACAUUAUCGGCUAGUUUACUUGCUCAAAUUUUUACCAAACUUCUGCAAAGGAGUGAAGCAUCGAAUGCUAGUUCUAGUACGAGUUCGGCAACAGGCUCAAUAAAAGAAUUGCUAAGACGAGACAAAGCUGUGUUGCUAACAAAUUUAUUAUUCUUGGCUAUACCCCAAAAUUCAACGAGGUGUAUACAGUCAUGGCAAAGUCGGGGAUCGCAUAAUAUUGAUCCCGUUAGUGUUACAGACCCAGAGAGUGCCGUAGCUACAUCAACAACACUCUUUCUCGAAUCGGUUAACGGUAGAGUUUGGAAAACAACAAAUUUUCAUGUUACAUCAGCACCACACUACACUCUAACAACAGAAAUGAAUUUAUCUCAAUCUGCUGGUACACUAGCUGGUUCAUUACCAGAUCCAAACUUUAUCAGUUACGUAUGGGUAAGAAAUUCAACAGCCAGUCAGAUAGCUGCUGGAAAGUCCAUUCAAGGAAUAUUUAGUUCAUUUCAAACUCGUGGUGGCAAAAGCGUAGCAAUUGAAAAGCGUAGUCAAUCACUACCUGUGCUGUAUGGCACUGGACAAGGAUUCGGAGGCUUUUUCAAAGCACAGCUGGCUCAACAAGCUCCAGCAUCAUCCAUAAUCUUUUCGAAUACCGAACAAUUAACACAUUACGAUUUUUUCAUAGCAUUAGAAUCAGAAACUGUUCAUCCACAAUAUGUAUUACUUUGUACGGAUCAACGAUUGCUUCAACUUGGUCAACAAGAUUAUUGUAAUAGAUAUGAUAUGCUAACGGGUACUGAUUUAGUGUUGGCAGAUGCAACAGUAGGUGUGAUUGGUUAUUUCCUAAACGAUUAUAAUUAUGGUGGUUAUCGUCAUGGAGUAGCAGAUCAAAAUAUGAUAUUUAGUAUUGAUUAUGUCAGCGGAGUUAUCUGUACCUUUGAUAUAGCUACUGGCGUCCAUGCUCAUAAUUGUGUUAAUAUGUCUCAAAGAAAGUUUGUUAACCUCAUUGCAAUUAAUCCAAGAAAUUAUCAGACCUGUGUUGUUUAUGCAAGGUCGAACGUUUUACAAACGUUAGAUUUUGGCGCAACAUGGACAGAUGUAACAGGGACGUUACUGGCUGACAGUAGUUCGCGUGAAAUGCCCUAUGCUUGGUGUAGUGUUGUUAUUCCGAUGACAAAAUAUAAUGCUCUUGCAAGUCGAACGGCCUUAGGGGUUUAUAUUGUGUUUGGUAGACAAACGGAUUCAAGUACUGAAUGGCGUAAAUUAGGUUUAGCACUAUCAAAAGUUUUCGUUAUAUCAUUUUCUUAUGAUUCAUCGAGGAAUUUAAUCGUUGCAUCAACAAUGGGUCAUGGAUGGUGGCCAUUGUCACGAAUAUCAGAACAACCGACUUUUCGGAUGAAUGAUUCUCGUCCCCUAUAUACCACAGCUACGGUCACAACAACACCUAUGUUUAACAUAACAAGUAUAAACUAG